GUGGGCUGUUUCGGUUUUAGCCUUCACCUCCCCCCGAUUUUUUAUUUCUCUAAUCUAGCAGCAAGCAGCCAAGAUGGACAUUGUAAACCAGUUAGUUGCUAAUGGACAAUUCAGGGUGCUAAAAGUGCCUCUGGGCUUCAUCAAAGUCCUGCAGUGGGUGUUUGCCAUCUUUGCAUUUUCCACUUGUGGCACUUACUCAGGCUCCUUUCGCAUGCGUGUUGAAUGCAAAAACAGAUCCGAGAGUAACCUAAGAAUAAAUGUCGACUUUGAAUACCCAUUCAGGCUGCAUCAAGUCUACUUUGAUGCUCCAUUCUGCAAGGAAAGUCAAACUGAGCGUUUGUUCCUUGUGGGUGACUACUCCUCCUCUGCUGAGUUUUUCGUCACCAUCGGUGUUUUUGCCUUCCUGUACUCCAUGGCAGCUCUUAGCGUCUAUAUAUUUGCCUUUGAGAAAUACCGUGAAAACAACAAGGGGCCACUGAUUGAUUUUGGUGUGACAUGUGUAUUCACCUUCAUGUGGCUUGUGAGCUCAGCAGCGUGGGCGAAGGGUUUGUCAGACGUGAAGACGGCCACAGACCCAGAGAAGGUGAUCGAACUCAUCUCAGCCUGUAAGCAGGAAGGCAACAGCUGUUCUGAGGUUCAUGACCCUGUCAUGUCUGGCCUCAAUACCUCAGUGGUCUUCGGCUUUUUGAAUCUGAUCUUGUGGGCAGGCAACAUCUGGUUUGUAUUUAAAGAGACAGGAAUCAUUGCUCCUUUCAUGCGCCAACCACCCGCCCAGGAAAAGCAGCCAGCCCCUGACUCCUAUGGUCAGCAGGGUUAUGGGCAGCAGGACCCAUACUCAAGCUCCCAGGGAGGGUAUCAGCCUGAGUAUAGCCAGCAGGGCUACAAUCAGGGUGGUGAUUACGGCCAAGGCGGCUACAACCAGCAGGGGGCUCCCACCUCAUUCGCCAACCAGAUGUAAGGAAGGGGCAGUAAAAAAGGUAAAUGGAGGAUGAAACGAUCAUCUAAUCAAAGGAGUGUGGCAUGAACCCUACCCACACACCCACAAUCUUCCUUGUCUGUGUGUUUGUGCAUAUGUCUGUGGAUGUAAUGAUUGGGGGGAGGGAACAGGGGUAGGUGAUAUAUACAGAAAGUUGUAGGAUAUAAGGAGAAACAGAGGGAUUAUUCUGUGUGCUGUUUAUUAUUGUGAUGUAUAAAUGAAAACAAAAAAAUAGGUCUGGUCAAAUGAAGAAACAAUACAGAAAAUACAAAAAUAUAAAACUUAAUAUAAAAAAAUAUAUGAAUAAAUAUAUAAAUCAUUACUAUAUACAUUUUGAAUUGAUGAUGUUGACAAUAGUUAUGCUCAACUCUGAAAGAAUGUAUUUGUCUGUGCUGUAUAAAUAUCAAUAUGAACAAAUAUAUACAAAUAUUUCCUAAAGAUAUGUAUGGGAUUAUUCUUGUAUAGUAUAAGUUAUGUUUAGAGAAUUUCACUGAUGACUGUACUAACUACGUAAAUGAGCUCUGAACCCACUCGGAAUAGUUCUCUGAGAAUUAAUUGAGUUGGUAAAAAUGACAUAGAUAUUCACUGAAUAAGAAAUGGAAUUUUUUAGAUUUUCACCCAUAUCGUUUUUUCCUUUUCUAUUUUUUUUCUUUGAGCUUAAAGAUAUUUCUGCUGAAAGCAAUAGGCUGUAUGAGACCAAACUCCAAAUACCUUGAAACCUAAAACGAUCUUGCAGUAUUUUUUAUUUUCUUUUAGAUUUUUUUUUUUAAAUACUACAAGCAUGUGUGUAAUGAGUUAGCGUGGUUUGAGUAGCCCCUAAAUACUAUGCUUUGUUUGCAAUGACGCUCAAGUGUGUUAGUGCUGUUUCAUGCAAUUGGAGGACUAAUAUUAGAUUUGUUCUGUGUAGUGUGGGGACCAGACAGAGAAUCAGUCCUGUGCAUUGAGUUGGUGGUAGUCUAGAUUAAUGUUCCAGUUUCGAUUUUCAGUUUUAAUAUUUGACCCUCUAUUUUUUACUGUUCUUGCUCACAUACACACUUAAAUCUCAUUGUACCCUAAUUUUAUCCGAAAGAGAUUAAAUCACUAGGUUGGUUUGUUUGUUUUAGUGUAGUUACACUGAAAUAUAUUUUCAAAAAUUUGUGUAAAUAUAUGUAUAUGCCAUGCAAAAUCUGCAAUCUAGUGAUUUACUCUUUUAUGUUAUAUAGCAGAUCUAUAAAAAAAAAUAACAUCAGUAUAUGCACUAACUGGACUGAAGUACAAUGGAAUAAAAUAAUGCAAAUGUUUUUUUAAUGCUUUGAUCAUAGAACCAUGUGAAUGCCAGGUUUAUCUGCUUGACUAAUCAUUCGAUUUGUCGAAGCCGAACAUAUCUGGCAUUAUAUGAAAACUGACUGGGUUGCUAUAGACCAGCCUGCAUUGUCCAUUCAGGCUAACUUGUGUGAUUCAAGUAACAAGCAUGAACCUCUUAACAAACAUCAAUUUGCUCGUACAGACAUGUAUAUGAGCAAUAUAUCUACACGUUCUUGUAUGAGCCUUGAAUUAUGGCUUGUGUAGCUGUAGUAAUCUAUAUGCAAGAAAGAUGAAUAUACACUCUCUAAAGGCUGAGGAACAUCACGGUCAUACUCAGUCCCCUACAAUCAGUGCAUUUAUUUGGCAUUAAUUUAGGUGGAUAUUUUUAUGAUGAGCUGCUUUGUAGUUAUGCAUGAUCUCGUGCUCAUAUCUUUAGCUUGAUUAUGACUGGGUUUCAUCAGGUAUUUGCACACUUUUUAUUGGUCCAUGGGUGUAAGGCACUUUGAGUAGCUUUUGAGUAGAUCUAGACAGCCUGUGAACCCACAGCCUUAGCAUCUCUCUAUCUCUCUCUCUCUCUCUCUCUCUCUCUCUCUCUCUUCCUUUUCCCUUUCCUUUAUAUUCUUCUUUCUUGCUCUUUCUAAUCUGUUCCAUUCCUGUUUGCCCUAAUAAAUAUGCUAUUCAACUACUCCGUUGUUAGUGGUGUUUAGUACGUCUUGUGAAACUCUCGAUGCCUUUGGGUUGUGCUGUAUUUAUUGUGUACAAUAUAUUCUUAGCGUUCAAAUGAUGUUGAUGACAGUGAAUAUGACCAUGCUGAAAAUUCACCAAAAUUAACCAGAAAUUCUGUUGUUAUUGUUCUAUGGAAUCCAUGAAGGAAAAUUCAAUAAAGAAUAAGUUAUC